CCGCCGAUCGGCAAUUGUUUUGCGGGCAAUUAGCGCGGCCCGCACGUGCCGAUGCCGGCCCGUCCCAGACGGGAUGCCGAUGCCAGUGCUAGUAUUGCCAGUCGGCAGUGCACCGCGCGCGCCCCAUGCGAGCGGCCGUCACGUUGGGUCUGUGUCGCGUUGCCCCGCAACGCCAUACGCGGUUACGUCGCGUCGACCGUCCGCCCACCUCUUCAUGCCUGUGACGGACGUCCAGUGAUGAGGAUGUAUGACUUGUGUUUAAACUAACAGUCACAGUGUUCUUUAAUUAAAAUGGCUGCAGCAAUGAUAACAGACAGAGGACUUCGUAAAAAGUUAACACAGGAAGCUAUACCAGAGAAGACGCCACGCAAGCCUUCGAAGCGCAAAUCUACCGCGAGUUGUUCGAAGACUGAUAAAAAGAAUGAGCAGAACAAUAACAAAAGACCAAAAGUGCAAACUGGAGACCCAAAACUAGAUCUAUUUUCAACUUACCAACCAUGGGUGAUUCAGACAUACGGAGAUUUGGCGAAGACAAAAACCAUAACACUCAAGAAGUAUGCUAGAAUCUUGCGCACGUUACGCGGGGAAGAAUGUAACAGUUCCGAUAGUUCGAAGUUUAGAUUUUGGGUGAAAGCAAAGGGUUUUCAUGUUGGGAAACCGCCGGGGUACGAAGCUAAGCCGGCAGAUGGCAUCGUGUGUCGUUAUAGCGUAGUGGACGCAGAUGGAUGCACCAGAGGCCCAGAUGGUAUGGAGAUUUACUCCGGAUCGCAGAACGACCCUCCGUUGUAUAUUCCUACUCCUCCGUUAAAGAAUGCACCUAAUCAAGAACCUGUGUACAGAAAAGUGGCGAUUGUUGAAAAUUUCUUCGACAUCAUCUACACUGUUCACGUUGAACUCGAAGGGCGGCCAGGAAAACAUGCAGGACAAAAACGAACUUAUAGAACUAUCACGGAGACUUACGCGUUUCUGCCGCGGGAGGCCGUCACGCGCUUCCUGACCGGAUGCGCGGAGUGCGCGCGGCGCCCGCGCAGUGCCUCCCCUCCACCUCUCCCCACCCCUUCCCCUUCCCCCACCAGACACCCCACCUACCUCCCGUUCCUACCCCACUGCGCGCCAGACUACACCCGCAACUGGGAAUCGGAAAUAGACGCGCAGAACUUUUACGAGCCGAAAUUCGACUACAACGAUCUCCAACCGCUGAAGAAGAUAGAAAGUCCCAAGCCCGCGGAAGAGGACGAACCGACCUAUAUAGAAUUGACAUCGAAAAAGGGCAACGGUUUUGAUUCCGCUUCGGUGUUCAGUAGAAGUUCACCCGUUGAGCCCGCUUACAGAGAAGAAGAGCCCGUCCGAACCGAUCCGGAAAUAGACAAGGAUGACAACAGUCUCAUAGACGUAGAAGAUGUCAAAACCGACAGUCCUGCUCCACCUGAGAAGUCAAAGAAAGAAGAAGAAGAUAGAAAGCAUAAAGACGAAUACGUGCCUGAAUGUACUAAGGCGGCAGAAAACGAAGGAGUUAAACAUAAGACUGAAAGCAAAAAGGAGAAAAAGUAUAACCCCUUGGAUGUCGCCAAUUUGACAUCGAAAGACCCGCCUAAGUCUAGAUCGCCGCCUAGAAAGAAGUUACUGCCUACUAGUAUAGAAUAUCCGAAUACUUUUGGAAGGGUCCCGAAACCAUGGAGGCCUGACGGAGGGAUGUUCUACGAAGGGGAGGAAAUCGACUACAGUGUGCCUAUAACGACGGCGUAUCUCAAACAUAUGAGAAGCAUGGCGUUUCAAGAGAGGAUGGAGCUUGAGAAUAAGGAUAACCUCACUCCAGAGCCAUCAGAUAUGAACGACGACGACAACUUCUCUAGUCAGGCCCUCGCGAAAGACGCAGAGAAGUUGAAAAUGAUGUUGCUUGCAUGGAAUUACCACAGCCAAACGCAAGGCCGCAACGGUGAGAUAACGGAGAGCGGCGCAGACAGCAUGGCGGAUCUGUGGGCGUCAUACCACAGCGCGUUGGGGCUCGGCAGCAAACCUCCUAAGCCUCCUACUCCCCUAGCUACUGGACACUCGGUGAGUUUUAAGAGUCCGAUCCACAUUAGUUCGGCGACACCCGGAGUGGAACCUGCCUCGACGCACGACGAGACAUCGUCCUCGGACCGUACCAAGGAUGACGACGACGGCGGCGCAUCUGACGACGACAGCGAUGACAGGGUCGACCCUCAGCACCACGACCCGGAGAGGCUAAAAGCUUUCAAUAUGUUCGUACGGCUCUUCGUCGACGAGAACCUAGAUAGGAUAGUUCCCAUAUCGAAGCAGCCUAAAGAGAAAAUCCAGGCGAUCAUCGAUUCCUGCACUAGGCAGUUCCCGGAAUUUGCCGAACGCGCACGCAAGAGAAUCAGGACUUACUUGAAGAGUUGCAGACGAAACAAGAAGGUUCGAGGUGAUGGCCCUACUACUGGCAAUGGGAGCAACGCGGCGGGCACCGGCAGUGCGUGGGACUCAGCGGUGCGGCCGACGCCGGCGCACCUGACCUCGGUACAAGCGGAACACAUCCUCGCGCAGGCGUGCGAGAACGAGAGCCUCAACGCGAAGCGGAUGCGGCUCGGAUUAGACCCGGUCAGCCAACCGAUGCCGACUGUACCCACGCCAAUGGCCAUAGACACGACGGCCGGGUCGGGCUCGUUCCUGGGGCUGUACUCGGGCGCGAGCAGCAGCCCCGCCGCCGCCAGCCCCGCGCCCGCGCCGCCCCGCGUCGACCAGUCCCGCACUGAGCAAGACCAACCUCCACCGCCCCUCAAUAACAACUCGCUGAAGAUCGACAACGCCAACGGAAGCGCUGGAAGCAAGACCGCCAGCCCGGCAUCAUCGCCUGCUCCCCUGUUUCGGCCAUCAUUUCCAAGCACUUUUGGAACCCCACAGCCAUUUGGACGGCAAAAUACCAGCACAAGUUCUGCUUCAGCUCUUUCGAGUAGUGCUCUGCUAUCAACAUUGACAUCAUUGCCACCGACAGGAGUUGGUGUGAACGCGGCGAUGGCUGCAUAUCAAAGUGCGCUGCUAUCAGCUAUGGCGGCACACACGCAUACGUUUCCAACCAGCCUUUCUGCGCCAACAGAUCUAUCGCUGAAAAACACACCGACACCGACGUCGCUUCAUGCUACUUCUACUGUAUCUUCUUUAGCUGGUUCUGGGAAUGCUGCUUCAUCUACUACCAAGACUCCUUUGCUAUCCCACAAACUAUCCGGGGCUGAGGUGGGAGCGGUUAGGCAACUGAUCACUGGGUACCGCGAGUCUGCCGCUUUUCUUCUUCGCUCGGCGGAUGAACUUGAAGCUCUCCUCUUAAACCAACCCUAGGAUUCAACCAAAUCCAACUUAUCAGAUAUGCUUGGAUUCAAAUUUGGAUACUUCUAAAUUAUUGUGAAGUUUACUUUACUGGCGCGUGCCAGACGGGCCCAUAAGUGCGCGGAAAGUAAAAAUUUGGACUUUUAACAAAAUUAAGUAUGUGGACACGAUUUUCAAUAUAUUUGGAUGAUAUAAGGGUGAUAUAAUACAAAAACAUGGAAAUUGUGAAAUAUUUCGUUUAAAUUAGUUUUAAAUAAAAUUGCCCCAGCAUGUUUGAGAUUUAUAUGACUGUGAAGCAGUGAUUGUUUCAUGUCUGUUAUUUAAGAAAAAUACUUAGUAAGUUGAGGUGUUCUUAAUAAAAGAUGCCAUUUCAAUGUUACGUUAGUAUAAUAUUCGUUUAGAAGUACAAAGGACAUGAUUAAUUACAAUAGAAAAAAAUGAAUAGUUUCAUGAAUACCUUCUUGCUUGUUGUAUUUAUAACGCAAUGCGAUAGAAUAAUUGUCUCACUUCAUAUUGCAUCUUUGUUUUUGAGACAAAUUCUCUACAAACUGGGAACACUUUUCUCGUGUAUCUAGAUGUAUGGUGCUUGUUUCUUCACAGUUUAGUGUUGCCACUUUGUAGGUUACUACUUAAAUAUCCUUGUCCAGCUUUAGAGUAUAGGUUAUUACGAGUAACAUUCCUCUACUCGUGAGUCCACUAUGUCUAUUUCGGCGAACGUACAAAGGUGUCAUAAUUUAUGUAAAAAUACGUGUUGCCAUUCGAAACUCGUUGGAAGAGUACAAAAUUAUUUUUGUGUAUAUUUAGAUAUAAGGAAGAAAAUCAGGGAGAUUCUAGUGUUAGGUUAAAAUUUCGAUUUCUUGCCUGGUGCGAAUAAAACCUAGGUGAUAUUUAUUAUGAACAUUUCAUCGAAACGUGCUUUGGACAGUCGUUUAUAGGUAAACCUAUCUUUCGCGUUUUAAAAUAUUGAAAUAUACUGUUUCAUUAACAAGUUAAAGGAUGUAAUGUCAGAUCCUGAAGUGGCAUUUUAGAUUUUAAGAAGCACGAAUUUAUUUGUUGUUUUAUACUAUAUUGAUAGUGCUGUAGUUGUACUUAUAUGACUAAUAUAUUUCUAAUUUAAAAUGGUUCUCCAUUUUUCCCGUUUCUAAGAAUAUAAAUUACCUUUUUGUGUUUGGCUCUAUCAAAAUCAGACACUUUGUUCAGUUGCUUUUUUAAGAACUUUUUAUUUUUUUCAUUUGCUCAUUUACAAGUUACAUUUCAUGUUCUUGCGUAUGUCUAUUUGUUACCAUAGAUUUUAUGGCCAAGUACUAUAGGUAGGUUAAAUUAGAAUAACUGCUUUACGAUGUACAAAAUAAGGUUCAAUCUUCAAUCAUUGAAUAAGUUUUUUGAUGUUACUAUUGUGGCCUAUGUUGUUUUAUGCGAAAUUUCAAUAUCUAUACCUCUUAGGCCUCGUUGUUUGACAACAGCAGGGCCUUAAUGUUACAAUCGCUGUUAAAUUAUGUUAUCGAGUUAAGUAGAAUAGUUUGUUUCAAAUCUGGCCAGUGUUAGUCGAUGUUUUCGAUUUACGCAACUAAUAUAGUUUUCGAUCGAUAAGUUGUAAACAGUAUAAUGUUUAAAUAGAAUAAUUAAACGACAUAAACGCUUAUUACGUUGCUUCUAAUUUUAUUGCUUCAUUGUUAUGAACCAUUAUAGUGGAGCUUCUACUAUAACGUGCAUCAAUAGGAGCGCAGGAUUGUAAUAUUCUGAGUUUGAUUGACGAAUCAAAAUCGAGAGAUAUGCGUGUGGCACUGCUAUAAUGGUACAACAUAUACGAGGCCCGCAAUUGUAACGUAUGAUAGUUUUACAGUUUGCCAUUUUCUCAAUAGGAUAAAUGCUUAUCGCCAGUUUUUAAAUAAAAUUGUAAAUUCACUUUUGAAUACUAAAAUUGCCAAAGAGAAGAAUUGAUUUGUGUAUGUGGAAUUGCUGAUUAUUUUUUUAUAUGUAUGGGAUAUUAUUUUAUAAAUAAGUUAAGCUUAGUUUUAUCUAAAAAGUCAUUCCAAUAUUUUUCUAAAGAACAUCAUCGGUGCGAUAGGAAAUGCAGUAGUCAUUGUAAAUGGAAAAUAUGUAAAAAGUAUGUUUAGAAUAUUAUAAAAAGUUGAUUAGAAUUAUGUGAAAGUUGAUGUUGGGAUAUCGAAAAAAACGACAAUGGUGGUAAAAACGUUGAGAAGAUGAAUUUGUUAGACAUUAAAGUAUAUUAUUAUUAUUAGAGAUGUAUAAAUGGUUUACAAUUAUUAUUAUUAGUUCGAGAGAAUAACAAAAAUGAAGUAAAAAAUUACAAAAGGCGUUUGUUACUAUUAACGAUAUGAGAAUUUAGUUAUAAUUUUUGCAAUUUCAAAAUGUGAGUUUUACAAUUUUGAAAAAGAAAAUAUUAAAUAUGCUC